AAAAAUGACUUCCGGGUAGCUCGCCCACAAUGCUUUGCGGUCUCAGCAACCCGGAAAAGGUAACACCUAGCUCUGAACAACGGAAUAGCUGUUUGUUGUCUUUUUUUAAUUGUUAAAAUCAGGUGUAGUCGAAUUUUAUUGAACAAUAAUACCACGACAGAGUUUUUAAUAGAAGUUUAUAAGUGACGUUAAUGCUCUCGGCAACUUGGGCGGCGCUUGUUAGCAUUAGCUAGCCGCUGGCUAACGCGGAGGACCCAAACAACCACGACAGGGCUUGUUGGCUUGAACGUGCUGUCGGGUUGGAAUCGGCCCUGUUAGUCGCUUCAAGACACGGUACUUGGCUUCCACCAGGAUGAACUCCGAAGAGACAGCAGCGCCAACGAAAGCCGUCCCGGAGGAUGACGGCAUGACUUGGUGGUACCGAUGGCUGUGCAAGAUAGCUGGCGUCCUGGGAGGAAUAUCAUGUGCCAUCGCAGGAGUGUGGAACUGUGUCACAGUGAACCCUUUAAACAUCGCCGCUGGAGUGUGGAUGGUGUUGAACGCCUUUGUGCUGUUCCUGUGCGAGGUUCCCUUUUGCUGCCAGUUCAUCGAGUUCGCCAACGCCAUCGCGGCACGUGCAGACAGCUUCCGACCUUGGCAGAAAGCCUUCUUCUACUGCGGGAUGGCGCUGUUCCCCAUAUUCCUAAGCUUCUCCUUCACCACCUUGUUUGGAAACGCCAUCGCCUUUGCCACCGGAGUCCUGUACGGCUUGGCGUCUUUAGGCAAAAAGGGCGACGCGGUGACGUACGCCAGGCUGCAGCACAACAAGCAGGGCGAUGAAGAGAGGAUGACUGGGACGACAGAGUGAGCCCUCCUGUCGCGCUUCUUCUUCCUCCAAUCUUUGUUUUUUGACUGAAGUCCUUACAGAGGAACGUUCACCCCUCUCCUGCACCCAUCUACCUCCUCUUCUUCCUCUCCUUGCUGUCGUGACAGAACAGCUUUUAUUUAUGUUUUUAUGAUGCUGUCAUUGGACUUAGUGCGGAAUGCAGCACCUGAGCGUAUAAAACAACGAGGUUACAUUUCUUCCUUUUUAUGGUUUGCCUUUAUUUGUUGUUCUUGUUUUUUGUUCCUUGCGUGGUUUUGCUGCUCGCUAGCCGUUUUAGCCUUUUCUUCAGGACCUGAACAGUUUGCUGAUUGUGUGAUGUGCUCAUAUGACUCUCUUUCUUUAUUUUUGUGACACAGCUUAUGCAGCUUAAAACUUUGAGUGACGUCGCCUUUCCUGACUCGCAACGGCUUCUUUGCAGCCUGAGCUUGAAUGUAUUGUUUGUUUCUCAUAGCUGACAUCAUGAAGUCUUAGCAGCACGCCUGAUCCUUUGCUCACUUGCAGUUUUAGCAGAACAAACCAGAAUAUUAUUGUAAUUUUUUUGUAGAAAUAGUGUUUAUUUACAAUUUAUUUUAAAGGAUUCCCUGGCGGGAAGCUGCCGUUACUGUAGCAUGCCUUUAAGAAUUAUUAUGAACUAGCGAGGGUCAUGUACUGGAAAAUGAAAGGAUGCAAGGGCCACUUUGAGAUAUAUUAAAAAGCCACAUAGAAGAAGUUAUAUAGUUACAAAUAUGCAUCUCAGCUUUGUGACGUACGUAGAUGAAAAAGCCUAUUAAUAUGAUCUUCCGUCUUUUCCCCCUCCCCAUUAUUCUUAUAUUUAUUUCUUUAACUUUCCAAAUAUUUCAACUUCCAUCCAUUCUCUAUGCCGCUUAUCCUCUUUAGGGUCAUUCUUGAAUCAUCUGUAUCAAUUUUCCCUUUGUAAUUACUUUAUUCCCAGAACAUUUUGACUUUAUUCCCAUAUUCUAAGGUAUUUCCUCCACGCUAAUUUACACAACUUUUUAUUGCAUCUUUAAUAUUUCAACUCUAUGCUACUAAAAUGACAUUUUGCCCCCUAAUUUUGCAAAUUUCCCCACUGAGGGACGAAUAAAGGCAUAUCUUAUUUCUUAUCUUAACAUGAGCUUAUUCUUGUACAGCUGUCAUUUUUUUCUCUUAAUAUUUUGGACUUCAAUUCUGCAAAGUCAAAAUGCUGUUUGAAAAUGUUUUUAAUUUUAAUUUCUUAUUUUUGUCAGUAGGAAUUUGGCCACACCGAUGACAUAUCCACUUGGCCUAAUACACCUAAAAUAAACCUUGUCUGAAUACAAGAAACUUCAAAGGCUACUUGACGCCAUUGGAGUGCAGUACACGGCUGCAACCAGCAGAGGCACUGUUCAGUCGCUACUACCUUGCUGUACAAAAUGUGAGACCUCCACUAUGGGCAGCGUUAUUCUGUGUAUGUAUGAGUUCAUAGUGAAAUGCCCAUCCAUAGGUGUGGCAGCUAUUUGAGGAAAUAUGUUAUUUAACAACCUGUUAGCGGUUCAUAGCAUCACGUACACUACUUAAACCGAUCAAAGAGUAAGCUGGGAUAGGCUCCAGCAUACCCCCAGUGAGGAUAAGCGGCAUAGAAAAUGGAUGGAUGGACUUAAAAAGGGACACGGAACGAUGCGCCCCUCGUCAGAUUCCUGAUUUGCCUUUGCUAUGCUGGUGUUUUGCUGUGUACCAUUUGCAUUGUAUGUGUUUGUUUUGUUAAUCGUCCCUAAUGAGGAAAGUUUGGGAGCAAAUGUUUACGUCUUACAGCAGUUUACUGGCUGUCACUUCCUGCUCUCAGGUACAAAAGCACCAGUAAAGACCAUCACAUGUUCUUGUUGAAGCCACAUGGAGAAAUGGGUCAAACAAAGCCAGCUGCUGUCUGCUUUUCCUUAUGGGCUGUGUGGACAUUGUGUGUUGUGACUUGAAUCCUCUGGUCAA